ACAGCUGCCAGUCCGUUCCUCCGUUCUUCUCGCACAUGGCAAGAACCGUUCUUGGAGAUGAGCGUACAGUUAGUGUUUGUUGUAUUUAUACUUCAGGUAUUGGGCGUUAGACCAAAAGAAUCGUCUGUUGUGAGCCAUAUUUCGUUGGAUCAGCGCUGGUGCGUGGCAUUCGAAGACACAAUCUGCGUAUCGUUUGAUGUUGUGAACAUUUCGGAACAGAAUCACAUGCAACCGGUUUGUCAUACCCUGGAUAGCAGUGGCUUUGUCCGAUGUGUUCUUCUGAACGAAGGAUCUGAAAUCCAUCUUAUACGACCGAACUCGUCAGCCGAAAUGCUGGUGGGUUUCUCGAAGUCACAACUGUUCAAAUCAAAAUCGUGUCCCUUCCUUCUAGAGAUGAUUCUGCACGCUUCAGAUGAAAUGUACUGGUUGUGGUUACUGAAUGCUGAAAAAAUCGAGAGGAAAAAAAUCAUGGAAAAGUUUUGCAGAUCAUUAGGUGUCGAUAUCUUUGCUCGGUCUGCCGCCACUCAGACUCGACUACAUUCGGAUACUCGUGUCGUGACAGUUUCAGCACCAUCGAAAUGGUAUUCGUUCGAAGAUUUCCUGUCAGCCAAAGAACCAGAAAUAUUACUAUUGCUGCGAUGUCUCCGAGUUGGCUGCUUUUCACAUGCUAUGAGACCAACGUCAUCGUUUGAGUUCGCCGAAGCUAAUCCGGAUUUCGACUGCUGCGAUUUUGGAGACUGGCAGGUGCUGUUUUGGGGUUUGUCAAUGAGUCAUCUCGUGAAUCGCGGGAGGUGGCGGUGA